AUCCCUGCGAACCUAGUCGAUUGUCCUCUCUCUCUAAUGGCGGCCAUGACUUCUACUCUCUCCAUCUCUUCCACCAAGCCUCAGAGGCUUUUCGACUCCUCUUUCCAUGGCUCAGCCAUCUCCGCCGCUCCUGUCUCCGUUGGCCUCAAACCACGUUCAGCUUCUGCCGUCUCCGUUCGCGCCACCGCUGGUUACGAUCUGAACGCCUUCACGUUCGCUCCUAUCAAGGAAUCGAUCGUGUCUCGCGAGAUGACGAGGAGGUACAUGACUGAUAUGAUCACUUACGCCGAGACCGAUGUCGUCGUCGUUGGUGCUGGUUCCGCUGGUUUAUCAUGCGCUUAUGAGAUCAGUAAGAACCCUAACGUUCAGGUCGCAAUCAUCGAACAGUCUGUUAGUCCUGGUGGUGGCGCGUGGCUCGGUGGUCAGCUUUUCUCCGCCAUGAUUGUGCGCAAACCAGCUCACUUGUUCCUUGACGAGAUUGGUGUACCCUACGAUGAGCAAGACAACUACGUCGUGAUCAAGCACGCUGCUCUCUUCACAUCAACCAUCAUGAGCAAGCUCUUGGCUCGUCCCAACGUGAAGCUCUUCAACGCAGUCGCAGCCGAGGAUUUGAUCGUGAAAGGAAACAGAGUCGGUGGUGUGGUGACAAACUGGGCACUUGUGUCGAUGAACCACGACACACAGUCUUGCAUGGACCCUAACGUCAUGGAGGCCAAGAUUGUUGUCAGCUCGUGUGGUCACGAUGGUCCUUUUGGAGCCACCGGUGUGAAGAGGUUGAAGAGCAUUGGGUUGAUCGAUCAUGUUCCUGGAAUGAAGGCUCUAGACAUGAACACAGCUGAAGAUGCGAUUGUUAGAUUGACCAGGGAGGUUGUUCCUGGUAUGAUUGUGACCGGUAUGGAAGUUGCUGAGAUUGAUGGCGCACCAAGAAUGGGACCAACAUUCGGAGCUAUGAUGAUAUCGGGACAGAAGGCGGCACACCUUGCUCUGAAAGCUUUGGGACAGCCUAAUGUUAUAGAUGGAUCCUAUGUCGGGGAACUAAGCCCUGAGCUUGUCUUAGCUGCUGCUGAUUCAGCUGAAACCGUAGAUGCUUAAGACAAGGUUUUUUUAAUGUAAGAAAAUUUCCCUUGAUCUUUCUGAUGUGGAAGGAGUUGCAAUAAAGGAGGAGUUUUGGUGUUAUGUAAUGAACUUUCUCUGUGUCUUUGUUUCUUCUGUAAGAAAACGUUUCUUCAGUGUAAAAUUGCGUUAGUUAUGUUCAUUCGUGAUGUGUGUGUUCUUCUCGUAUCUAGCUUUUAUUAGUACAAGCUGCUCACCUGGCGUGGCCUGCUUUAGAAUUAAUAAGACAUCAGUCUAUUUCAG